AUGUUCUCGCUCAAUCAUCUCAUCUGCCUCCUUCUUACUGUCGCCAUCGCUUUGAUGACAACUUCGUCAGCUCAGGUGAGAAAAGCGAAACCCAUUCCCGUGCUCUUCUUUGUUUUUUUCAACAAAAAGACCGAACUCCUAGAGACAAAACGAACGGAAGCGGGAAAAAUACAGCCGACACUAUUACAUUAGGCGGUGGUCGGAAUCGAAUCGAGAAAUUAAAACCGAAUUUCUCGUCCCCUAAAAUGCAGUCGUGCGUCCACUUUCCACUUUUUGCUUUUUCGUCUCAAACUUUACAAGAGACGGAAAAACAGGAUCAUUAUGGGGCGUGACAAUGGGCUAUUGUGAUCCGAUGACUGGAAAUGGGGAACUUGGGACCAAUCAAGUCAUCAUCUCAGGGUUCUUUUCGAGCGCUCUUGACGAUUUCCGAACUUCGAACCCUUUAAAUUAUCCGAUUAGGCACUUUAGUACUACUAGGUGGAACCGGAAAUGCGAAAUGAAAAGAAGGGGGAGGCGGUGGCGAAACCGAACAUUAUGGAGAUUAGUGGCUGCGGCGUAGGCGAACGGCUGCAGCGGGACAAAUCUCGAAUCUGCCACUUCUAAUUAGGGGAUGACGUGGCCGAAAACCCAUUAAAUCGAGCAGCUCAAAUGGUCGGGAUCACAAAUGAAUGUGAAUUUGCAGCCAAUCGACACGGACCGUCCGAUAUUCAUGGAGCGUCGUGAGGCGUCGGCUUUCGGCGACAUCAUCGGAGAGCUGAAGGGCAAAGGGCUCGGCGGACGAAUGAGGUAAUCCUAGUACUCUACAUGUCAUUUCCGACGCUGCCCAAUCCCUUAGAAUCGGAAUUUCCGGUCCGUUUCAUAGAGUCCAGAAAUGCUUUCAAGCGUGGUGCCGAAAUCAAAUUCGAACCUCCCAGGGGGUGAAGAUUCAGAAGCUUCUUUCUGUGAAGAAUCUCUCUCAUUGUCAUGCAUUUCUGACAACGCGCAGUAUUUGUGAAUUCUUUUAAUGCAUCGCCACCUAUUCUUUGUUCGCGUCAAAAACAAAACAACUAAGAACAAGCCAAUCAUCGAAAAUGUUCAGAUUCGGAAAGCGUUCCUCGUCGCCCGAAAUGAGUCUAUCGGAGCUGCGCGCCAUCUACGGCGGAGGACCGUUGGAACUGGUUCAGUAUUGA